UCAGCGGAUGUGGAUUGAGCAGCACCAUGUGUACAGAGGCUGACAGAGGCAUGCGCCCUUCGACCCAACUACUUUCUUUCCGAACCACCACCUUCGAGACGCAGAGGAUCCCAUAGCGCUAUGUCUCAAGCUGCUGUACCAAAGCUUUUUCAACCCGUAAAGGUCGGACAACACUGGCUUGGCCACAGAGUGGUCCUCGCACCUCUCACGCGUUACCGGGCUAACAAGGCGCACGUCCAUGGCGACCUUGCGGUCACGUAUUAUGGCCAGCGCGCGACCACACCGGGAACACUGUUGAUAACGGAGGCCACCUUCAUCUCGGCGAAGGCAGGAGGAUACGACAACGUUCCAGGGAUCUGGAAUGACGAGCAAGUUGCUGGGUGGAAACGGGUCACCGAUGCAGUUCAUGAGAAAGGGUCACGCAUCUAUUGUCAGCUCUGGGCUCUCGGACGCGCGGCCAACCCCAAAGUGUUGGACAGAGAAGGCUUUCCAUACGUGAGCUCCGGUGACAAGACUCUGACCGGUGCAGCGCGCGCCCCAAGACCCUUGACUAUCCCUGAGAUCAAGGAGUACAUGGACAUGUACCGCAAUGCCGCUCGCUGUGCUGUGCGCGCAGGCUUCGAUGGGGUCGAGAUCCACGGUGCGAACGGAUACCUGAUCGACCAGUUCACGCAAGACGUGUCGAACAACCGGACGGACGAGUUUGGCGGCUCGAUUGAGAACCGGUGCCGGUUCGCGCUCGAGGCGAUUGACGCGGUCACGAGUACGAUUGGUGCCGACAAGACAGGCAUCCGCCUGAGUCCAUGGGGCCAGUUCCAGGGUGCGUCUAUGCGCACAUCCGGGGUAUAGAGCGGAUGUUCACCGACUGCACCAAUGAUGCUAGAUAUGCUCAUGGAUGAUCCCAAGCCGACGUUCGCUUACCUCGUGUCCGAGCUCGCAAAACGGCACCCGGACUUCGCAUACAUACACGUUGUGGAGCCGCGCGCACAAGGGAACGUCGACCGCGAGGUGCUGCCCGGCGAGAGCAACGCCUUCCUGCGCGACAUCUGGAGGCCACGCCCGUACAUCUC